UUCGUCAAUCCAGGAUUACUCUUCUCUUGGGUGAGCGAUGAAGUCUUUAGAAAACCGACUUUCGCCAGAUUCUGUUCGUUGCUUGACAACUAUAACCCAAAUGAAGAUUACAAAGAAGUAGUCACAGAAGAAGAGAGGCAAGAGCAAGCAGCUUUCAUUGAAGAAGUUAGCAGAACCGCUGUGAUCAAGUACCUUGUGAUCAAGGACGUUGCUCCUGGAAGCUACCAAGAGUUCAAGAGAAUGUUGACAAGUCUCUGGUUCGAUCUCUAUGGCCGUGGAGGUACCUCUGGCUCUUCUUCUGCGUUUGAGCAUGUCUUUGUUGGGGAGAUCAAACAAUCUGGUGGGGAACAGGUCUCCGGAUUCCAUAACUGGCUUCAGUUUUACUUGGAGGAAGCCAAAGGAAAUGUAGAUUAUCAAGGCUAUAUAUUUCCCCGACGUCGCGGUGAAAUUCCUGAUUCAGAGACUCAGCUGCUAACUAUCCAAUUCGAGUGGAACGGUGUUCUAAAAUCAGUCUCAAGUACGUUAGUAGGAGUAAGUCCAGAGUUUGAGUUGGCUCUAUACACAAUGUGUUUCUUCAUGGGCAGAGAAGAAAACCACAUUCAGUUGAGUUGAUGUGUUUGAGACUAUUUUAUCUGCUUGCAAUGUUGCAAACUGAUUAUGAUCAACUAUGAGUUGCAUCUUGGACAGUUUACUUUCUCUUGAACUUUCUCUUGUGGCCUCGUCUUCGUAUCAUCUCUAUCAGUGAAUCAGUAAAUAGACAAGCACAUCACAAAUUGUAUGUUUGUUUGGUUUUUUUU